AUGGCAUACACCAGUAUCCAUGUUCAGCAGAGAUUGGCUGGUUGUGAUCUGCUUGACCAGGACACCCCUGGUCCAAUGCGAUCCUGGGAUGCUUUCAACACCGUAAAUGAGGAAGAGCUGUAUUUCAGCAUGCAACAGAAAACUUUACAGUCCAAAGGUGAAGGGCCAAACGCACGGUGCCUGAACACUUUAAGCCCUGUUUACUACUAUGAUUCAUCCUCCACAGUGAAGCCCAGAGUCAGGCUGCUCCAGAAGACACUCCCAGACUCCGGAGGGGCCAGAGUGACCUGUCUGGCCACUGGUUUCUACCCACGUCACAUCAAACUGACCUUGCUCAGAGACGGCCAGCCUGUGUCUGACCACCAGAUCACUGGGGGGGAGCUGCUACCUAAUGUAGAUGGAACCUACCAGAUGAGGAAGAGCCUGGAGGUCAGCGCAGAGGAACUAAGAGAGAAACACCAGUACUCCUGCACAGCUGAACACCUCAGCCUGGACAACAAACUAGACAUCAAAUUGGGUAAUUCUCAGAACGGCUAAAUUUCUCUCUUCUUCUACCCAUGUCAGUUAUCAUGUAUUAUAAUACUUUAACCACGUUUAGCCCUCAAUAUUAAAUAAAAAUGUUUAUUAUUCAUUUCUAUCAGCAGAUGAGCCAGGUGUAGGUGCUGUGUCUAUAGUGACCCCUGUGGUCGUGCUGGGAGUUGCACUGCUGUGUGUGGGUGGAGUCAUUAUCAUGUGCCGGCGGAGCAGAAGACACAAACGCAGGUAAAACACAGACACAGGAGAACAACACACCUCCAAAUCAACUUACAGUUUUGUAUUUCUAGCAGUCUAUUCACAUUAUUCUCAGUCAAGGAUGCAUACAUGUUUACUGAUGCUAUUACAGUAAUACACAGGAUUAGAUGUUAAAAUCCCUUGUGCCAAAAUCCAAGGUAAAAACACAUUCAGAAGCCCCACUCAAAUGAACUUUCAAAUUAACUUAACCCACAAAUCUGCCAACAAAUGGUCACAAACAC